AUGAACAACCAGGCGCGGGCCCCAGCCCCCUCCCCGGCCCGGACCUCGGGUUUGGUCCGGGCUUCGACCCCGGUUAGGCCCUCGAUCCCUGUCCGGUCCCCGACUCUGGGCCCGGCCUCAACCCCGGUCGGAACCCCGCUACCGGCUCCGGCCUCAGCCUCUGUCUGGACCCCGACCCUGGUCCCCUCUGCCCUGGUCCAUACCCCGACUCCGAUCCGGACCCAGAUUCCGGUCCGGACCUUGAUCCCAGUUCGGACCCCUACUCCUGUUCGGACCCUGACUCCUGUUCGGACCCUGACUCCUGUUCGGACCCCGAUCCCGGUCCCGGUCAGGACCCAAACCCCAAUCCCACGCCCGGUCCCGGUCCCAAUCCUGGCCGCUGUCCCUGCCUUGGAACCCUUCCCGAGCUCGGCCCCACCUUUGGAUCCGUCCCCAGAACCUGCUCCAGAGCUCACUUUGUCGCCUGAUAAGGAAUCUGCACCGAUGCCGAGUGUGAAGCGCGUCCUAUCAGUCACCAAAGAAAUCCGGCCCACUCAAGAGCUCUUUCCUGCGCUCACUCCAUCGGCCACUGAUGUACUCGGGCCCACUCUCGGAUCCACGCCGAGAGCGGAUCCAGUGGCCACCACGUUGACAGAGACCACUGCUGGACCUAUUCCCACGCCCAUCUCUUCAGCCACCUCUUUACCUAUUUCUGCCAACACAUUCGCCUCUACUAGCGAGUACUUCCAAGUUGACAACAAGAUCGUGAUUCGAGUGAACUACUGUGGCCUCUGAAGCUAUAGCCUUCGGUACAUUCUACUGAAAAAGAGUCUGGAUCAGCAAUUUCCAAAUUGUCUACUCUUUAUUUUGGACUUGCCAGCCUCCACAAUUGUGUGA